AUGAACGCCGGGCAGCAGACAACGAGGAGAAUAGCCUCAAAGGCUGGCCGCUCAAUAUGUCGCUCAUGUAGAGACUCCAGCAAGACAUAUGCGACAGCCGCCGCAGCCGUCCAGACCGAGGACGCGACCGCUCAACACAUUCCUCCCGUGGCUACUCCAUCCCAAGCGCUGUCUUACGCCGUCAACGCCGGCGUCGUACUCUCGCGACCGCCGGUAUUAACGCGCGACCUGCACCCCUUCGAGGCCGCCUUCUUCCUCUACCAACGCCGUCUCAACGAGCGACUAGCUCUUCCCUUCACUCGCUACUUUUACUUCAAGAAGAAGACACCUGCAGAUCUGGAAUGGAAGCGGAAGAUAAAGCAGCGGCUCACACCUGCGCGAGAUAUUGGACGGUACAAGGGCUACGGCGAGGAGGCAUGGAACGACGAACUCCUUGUCGGAGCGCCGGAAAGCGAGCUUCAGCAUCAGGUGGAGCGCUUGCUAGAGGAUGCGGAGCAGAGCGGAGAGGAAGGGAAGGAAGGCGAGAAUGGCGAGGAGGACACGAGUGCGGCUAUGGCUGGCGGGAAGACGGUCAAGCACGACCCUGUUGAGAGGCCCAUGCCGAGGGUUACGGAGGCAGAUAUAAAAGGGGAUGUCAAGAGUCUGAAUCGGGCGUUGCCGCGGACGCUCUAUUUGCUGGUCAAGAAUAGGGACGGGCAAUGGAUGUUUCCGCAGGACAAGAUGCAGGGUAGGGAGAACCUUCAUAUGGCGGCCGAGCGCAUCUUGACCAAGGCUGGUGGUGUGAAUAUGAACACCUGGGUCGUUGGGAAUCAGCCCAUCGGCCAUUACAUACAUGAUUACCCUGAGCAGGUUCGCUCGUCUUCUCCAAACCCCAAUGAGCUCGGGUUCAAGACCUUCUUCAUGAAGGCGCGCAUCAUGGCCGGUCAGGCCGAUCUGAAGAAUAACGGCCUUGGACUUUCGGACUUCCAGUGGCUGGCGAAGGAGGAGGUGCAGAAGGCCGUCGAGAAGCCGUAUUGGCAUGCGAUUCGGAACAUGCUCGCAGAGCGGUGA